AUGCAAACUCCAGAACUCAUAUUGUUCGGUACCUUAGUGGUUUCGCUGAUACGCGUUGGCUGCGUAAGGAUCAAUAACCACGACGCAGUCAGUGGAGGACAUCAUGAAAGAGAUGUCUAUUUAGGUUCAUAUUUAGACUACAGUCUCCAAUCGUAUCCCAGGUACCCGCUGUACAUGAUGCAGUUAUACAGAGACUUCAACGGUAAGACCAAGAUGGGAACUACUCCAUCCAAUGACGACAACCCAACUCUCCAUCAGUCUGACUUCGUCCUAAGCUUGAUUGCGCAAGAUUGCCAUCAAAUUGGUGAGCGAUGGACAAUCACCUUCGACAUGUCUUCCCUCUCAGCAAGCGACAACAUUCAACUUUCAGAGCUCCGGGUCCGUCUCCCAGCAUUUUCUGUUUCCAGACGGGUCUUUGUUGAUAUCUUCCACUCAAGUAAACAGGACUGUGAGCCUGACUCUGUGUUUUGUCGCAAUAAGCGUAUUUUUCUGGGCACCAUCAAGUCGAUGCCCGGCACUCCAACAUCAACCUGGACAGUCUUCAACGUCACAGCGCUGCUCAAACACUGGUUGAAUCGGGGAAUGCAGGCACCUGAGAAGAUCCAAACAUCAGAGGAUGGAGCUGGUGAUGGAAGCGGCAGCGGAGAAGACUUUACAGGACAUACUGCAAACAUUUGGCAAAGGAAAAUUCAGCAUCCCACAGCAGACCGAGUUAUGAUUGUAGUUUUCUACAAAAACACACUUUCCCACAGUAGCCAACGUGCCUCCAGUUUGAUCAAUACAGUGGAGCACUCUAAAUAUGUAGUCCUGAACCGGGUACCUGAAGCGGCACAAGGUCGUCGCCACAAAAGAAACCGAGUGGAAAGGAUGCGUGCUCAGACAGCAGAUGAUAGAAAUGUGACCAGGGUGCAUCCAGAGCCUCACCAAGGAUCGCUUUGUCAGAGAGUUGAUAUGUGGGUGGAUUUUGACCAAAUUGGAUGGGAUGAAUGGAUCGUGCACCCAAAGCGUUAUAAUGCAUACCGUUGUGAAGGCGAAUGUCCAAGUCCACUGGAUGAGUCUUUCAACCCAACAAAUCAUGCCUACAUGCAGAGUUUGCUGAAACUUUACCAUCCGGAGCGUGUUUCCUGUCCGUCAUGUGUGCCAACGCGCCUCAGCUCCCUCUCCAUGCUGUACUAUGAAGGUGACGGUGUCGUCAUGCGCCAUCACGAGGACAUGAUCGUAGAGGAAUGUGGCUGUCAAUGAAUAUUUCUGCUGGCAUGUCAUGGACAAGUCUGACUAUACUGCUCUGAUAACACUUAAAAGGGGUGAAAGACCCCAUAAUACUUUCCAAAUAGUUUUUAAUGCUUUCCUGUUUUUGGAGAAUUUUGAGAAC